CUGACACGACAACGCCCUCAAAGGCGGAAGUGAAGUUACUGGUUGCGGCGGCGCCCCGCGUGACCCGCUCCUCAAGAAAUCGUUUCUCUUCCCAAGUGGCGGACACGCAGGGCUCGUGAAGACUUCUUCUUGUGGGUAGACGUUUUUCGUCCCCGCCUCCACGGCAUGGCCAGUGUAGCCCAUGUGAUAAGGAGCAGACGCGCCACCCCGAGCUGAGCUGUCGUGCCCUGUGGGGCGAGUGCAGUGGGAAGAUGGCGAAUGACACUUUUCAAUUUCUCUUUGCGCAAAGCGCGCCGGCAAACGCCACCAAUUACUGGGACCAGACACUCAAGGCCAAUCUUUAUGGGAUACUCUUGGCAAUUACCGGGAACUUCUUAAUCAGCAUCUCAUUAAACUUGCAGAAAUACACUCAUAUACAACUCUCUGAGAAGCAAAAUCCAAAGCCUUAUUAUAACAGCUGGAUUUGGUGGUGUGGCAUCUUCCUGAUGGGCAUUGGAGAGCUGGGGAACUUUGCUGCUUAUGGAUUUGCCCCUGCGAUGCUUGUUGCCCCACUUGGAUGUGUAUCAGUAAUUGCAAGUGCAAUUAUUUCUGUGGUUUUUCUAAGAGAGACCUUACGAGCAUCUGAUAUACUAGGUGGCGCUCUUGCAAUUUCAGGAACAUACCUUUUGGUCACCUUUGCACCUAAUGUUUCUCAACAAAUAACUGCUUAUAAAGUUCAAAGAUACUGUGUUAGCUGGCAGUUCUUAAUUUAUCUGAUCAUAGAAAUAAUUGUAUUUUGCAUUCUAAUGUACCUGUACAAGAAGAAGAAUGUGAAGCACAUUGUAGUCGUUCUACUGAUUGUUGCAUUGCUUGCUUCAGUUACUGUCAUUUCUGUGAAGGCCGUAUCUGGCAUGAUCACUGAAUCAGUGAAUGGCUCAAUGCAGCUUAUAUACCCAAUCUUCUAUGUCAUGGUGGUCGUCAUGAUAGCCUCCUGUGCCUUUCAAGUUAAAUUUUUGAACCAAGCCAUGAGACUGUUUAAUGCAACAGAAGUGGUGCCAAUCAAUUUUGUGUUCUUUACAGCAAGUGCAAUAUUUGCAGGUGUUGUUUUUUACCAGGAAUUUCAAGGUGUUGCUUUCCUCAAUAUUUUCAUGUUUCUUUUUGGGUGUCUUCUGUCCUUCCUUGGAGUCUUUUUAAUUGCCAAAAACAGAGAAGAAAAAACCUCUGAGGUACCCUUCAUAGAUAUUGGCCAAAUUCCUGGAAAGAAGUCAACAGAUAAAAUACAACCGGAUACAAGCAGUGCUUCAUAUGGCUCAGUUAAUGCAGAAGAUGACGAAGGACCCAAAGCUUUCACAUAAGAGCUAACCUGACCUCUUCAUCAUCUACUUCAUCUGGUUGGUUUGCUAUAGAAGUGCACAAAUGAGUCAAGUCACAGAACUUGAAUGUGGCGUCUGAACAGCAUCUCAGGAGACAACUUUAGAAGAGGAAAUAUGCCUUUGGUUAAUAUUUUAUCAGUAUACUGUAAGGUUAUUUAAACCAAAUUAUAGCUAUGAUUAUGAUCUGAAAGAUUAAAUGGUAAAGGUUGGUGACAUGUAUUAUUUGUUUUUGGGAGAAAAUGUCUAGUGAACUGAAUAUGAAAUAAGAACCUGACCAGUCAUGUCAAGUACUGAGGCACACGCUCGCUCGCCCGCUCCUGUAGACAUAUUGUACUGUGCACUGUGUGGCGGUGGCACCACAAACCUCUGCAAUGCUGCCACCUUUUGGUGAAAGUGGGAAGAUUUUGCAGGAGAACAUCUUUUGUUUAAAAAGCUGCUGCUAGUGAAGCCCAUGCCCUCAAUUGGGUUUGUUCAGCUGUAUUCUUCCACAGAGCUCAGCGUUUCUCCACUGGAGUAUAAAUGAUUGUGUGUGAAGACAUCAGACAUACUGAGGUCAGUGCAUCAUCCACAGCUUAAAAAUGGCCGCGGUGUUGGAGGAAAACACAAUUAAAGAUGUAGAAUAACAGCAGAAAUAUAAUAUCACUGAAGACAAAUGGGAGUUUUCAAAAGAAGUCUUUCAAGAAAUACCACGGCUGGAGCAUCUUGGGGAAUCCUGAAGAAGUGGACUGUAACUGAAAUGUUACAGCAAGGAGGUGGAUGCACAACUGCAGCUCUUGUGUGCAGGCAGCACAGUCCUGACAAGAAAAAGAGAAAAGCCGAAAGGCCGUGGCCAAGCAGCAAGCACUGUGAAGCAGCUCAGAGCCGAGUUGGUGUGGCCUCGCUUCGCUAAAGAAAAAUCCACUGCUUAUAAAUGCAAUAAGUGAAGAAUGUGCAUUUCUUUUACUCUUGUUGGGCAAUCUUUAAAGGGGCAAAUGGAGGCAAAAAGCACUUUGCAGUAAUUGCACUAAGCUACCUUGACAAAUUGAGUCCCUCCAGUAGCAAUUUGACAGCCAAAGAAAAUGUGAUCUUUUGAAAAGGAAAACAUACACCCCAAUCCCACAUGGUCACUUCUAAGUGCCAGCAAAUGGUUAACGUGGGUGUCUGUGUUCGUUCCUGCUCUUUCCUUUCCAGUCAGAUGAACACAAUUUUGAAACAUUAGUUUUGUCAAGCUCACCCCCAAACUUGAAUUAGCAGAAUUAGUUUUAGAAAAACUAACUAAAUAUUUUAUGAAUCCUGCCCAAUUUGGGAAAGAGUAACUCUUUUACAAUAUUGAACUCUAAAUGUGUAUCAAAGAAUAACUUAAAGCUGACACUGAGUAGCCUCACAUUGUGCGUGUAAUCGUAGAGAUCUGUGAGUAAUAGUUGGUGAUCAAGCCAUGUACGCGAGCUGCUCUCUUAACCUAAAUCGCUGUCUUCACAGAGAACUCCAUCAGAGACCCGAGCACUGGCAGCUUCUGACCUGGAGUUAAGAGGUGAGAGUACUGCGCUGUUAUCAGUGCGCUUUACAGCCACUCGUGCCCACCAUAACUCUGGGUGCGCCUGGUGUUCUGAGCACAACAUGUCGGCAGGCAUGGAGCCGAUUAGCUGGGCCCUGUGUGAUGGUCUGACUGUGUAAUCUCAACUGUUGUUGAUGGAAAGCCAGCAGACUUUGCUUCUUCCCCCCAAACCGCCCCGUCUCUGUGUGUGUUUUUUUAGGGGCUUGAGUUGUCUGUGUUUAUAUUCAUAGAACCUUCUGCCUACUGUUUUCAUGUGGCACUUUCACUAUAGGAUUAACUUUGGCCCCGUCUUUAAAGCAUUUUAAGUACAGGAGCUUUUGCUCUACUGUUAGACGCAGUAGACAGAAUUUCUGUUAGCUAUCCAAAAAUAAUGUAACAUUUGUUUUCCCCCAAAGUAACUUGUUCACAGAUUCAAAUAAUUUAAUUGGAAAUGAAAUUCUGUAUUCCAUAUACUACGACCCUGACAUGAGGCAGUUGUGUUUGGCUUUUUGGACUCGCGGUGCCAGAUUUAGUGAAUUGUAUUUAACAGGAUGUGAUAGACAUGAUGCUUUACACAGACUUGUAAUUUCUGUUUGUGUCCAGCAGUUGACCAGGUUUGGGGUAUGCACUACGGUCCGGUCAUUCUGUGCAAAGUGACCAAUCAACCACAACAACAAAAAACAAAUCAUUUUGGCCUUGGCCUGUACUGCUUGUAAAUAGCUAUUUAGUGUGCAGUCAACAUCAGACGCUACCACAAGACCCCCAAUAUGCUGACAUACUGUGUUGGCUAAGAUGGCCCUAAUCUUUUGCAUGUUACAACGGCCCCUGGAGAGGUUUGGAUAGUGGAAGUUAAAAUGUUAAGCAGGGUGGUGGGAUCAUAAGUACCUGCCUGAGGUAGCCCACCUUCUAUUGUUUUCCUACAAUAAACCACUCAGUGCUUGA